AUGCACCACUUCUAUUGCUCUGAUCCUUUCAAUCUAGGCGAAGACAUGGCCGCAGGAACACCUGAUCGUCGCUCUGCGAAACCCAAUGGUUCGACUCCUCAACCCGGCCCUCCAAAUGUCGGUCAUCAACCGCCAUAUGGGUAUGGUAUCCCACAAUACAUGAAUUCGUAUCCCCUUCCGCCGAUGCCUCCUGCCCAAUUGUAUCCUCAACACCAUCAUAUGCCUUACGCGCACUAUGGAUACCAACAGCCUAUAUACCAACAUCCCGUCCACCCUCCACAAGGGUAUCCUCCGAUGCAAUACAUGCCACACAUGCCUGCCCCGCACCCUCAUUAUGCAUCUCCUACACUCGCUGGGCCCUACCAACAUUCGCCUUCAUCAUGGUCACCCGCGCCCAACAUGCCUUCAGCUGACCAAGGAAUGUCUACGCCACCGGUUUAUGCGACGCCGCCUUAUGCUCCUCCCCCGCACAUGCACCAUGGUGGACAGACUUUGUAUCUUCCUUCCCCGCACGCUACGGCCCCUCAAGUACAUUCUCCGUCCCGAACUUACGCCCGGAUUCCUGGACAAUAUCAGCCUGGAGGCUCGAGCUCUGGUUCACCGUCAAGCAACCAGGCGAAUUCGCUUGCGCCUCUUCCAGUAAUAUUGGUAGAUCCGCAAGUCGAAUCGGCAGUAGCCCCCGAAAGCCCGGUGGUUGAGCAACCUAUCCCGGUGGUCGAGCAAAUUAUCCCAGUGGUCGAACCUAUAUCAGCAACAAUAUCAUCGCCCCCAUCCCAACCGCCUCCUCAACCUCCACCUCCUAUUGAAGAAACAAAGACCCAGGUAGAGGAAGCUCAAGAGGAUGGGUCAUUGAGAUUUGCUGGUGGGAGGAUACCAACGCCAAACGCCGGCUCGAUAAUUACAUUUGCUGCUCCUCCCUCUGUCUCUUCAACUUCAUCACCACCUCCGAACGAUCCGGAACCCAAAAGUUCUGUACAAUCUGAGCCUAGCGAAGCUCCGGGGAAAAUUAAUGUUCCGUUUCCCCAGACCUUUACAUCGGCUCCGAUUUUUACCGACCCUGUGAAAGAUGCUACAUCUACCAAUGACCCAUCGAUCACAUUGUUCUCGCCAACGACGUCGAGCUUCUUGGCAAAGGAUAUACCAGAAGCACGAUAUUCCAUAGCUAAUCGUAGGCCUGAAGUCAAUGCUGCACCUGCUUUAUCUUUCAGUCGACGAGCGAAAAUUCCGGCCUUUGUUGUGGCUGCCGCUGUUCCUCUUCCUACUCCGCCCAAGCCCACCAAACCUGCCAGUCCUCUGGCGGUGUCCCAAAGUCCGGUUAAACCAGUGGAUCUCACGACGUCAGCACCCCAAACGAAUAUCGAGCAGCCAAAGGGAGCCACGCCAAGUGAACCAACGACUGAGGAUCAAGGGCCAGAUGUUGUCAAAGCUCCUGUCCAAAUAUCUCAAACUCCUUUGGCAGUUCAACCCGGAGUUUCCUCAACGACAACUUCCGCACUUGUACCAUCAGAUCAGUUGGACCCGCCUACGUCGACCGAAACACCUGCUGCACAGCCUGCACCACCCGUCAAGCAGCCUCCAAACAUCCCCGCAAAGUCUGUCAAACCAUCACAACCUCAGUCACAGAAACCGGCUACAAGAACUACUACCCCUGUUGGAUCGAAGCAAACACCUGACAUGGAAUCAAAGGUCAACGGACAUGCCUCAUCCAACGGCGGAUAUGAGCCACUUCCGACGAACGUUCCGUUGCAUGUUGUCUUAUCCGAAGGAGCCAAACCAUAUUCAGCACAUUCCCAGGUCACUCAACCGCGCGGACUAAUCAACUCGGGUAACAUGUGCUUUGCAAAUGUAGUGAUGCAAGCACUGUUUAGCGGGAAGACUUCAUUGUACGAAGCAACAAUCCUGUUCUUGCGUGAAUUCACUCCUGAGCCCGAGUCACCGCCUCCAGCGGCACCCAAGGCCAAGUCUCGCUCCGGCGCUUCGACCCCCAUGCCCCCUGAACAAACUCGACAGCAAGCCUGGAAUGAAAAUCCAUUCUUCCCUGAACUCUUGUACGCAGCCAUGAAGCAGAACAAACGAUUUGACAGCAUGCAGCGCGGACACCAAGAAGACGCUGAAGAAUUCUUGGGAACUCUUGAGCAUACUUUCCCGAGUACAAACGGAGACUGCUCCGAAGGAACAGCUUGGACAAACGGUUCGAUUAGUAGAACGCCCGGGGUUGAGAACACUCGAGAAGUUCAGCGUCCAGUCAGUCCGGAUAAUAAGGAUGGCGACUGGAUGGAGGUCGGCAAGAAGAACAAACCAGCAAUUACGCGAACGACUCGAGCAACGGAGUCCGCGAUCACUCGGAUAUUUGGGGGGAAGCUUCGCUCCGUGCUGUCGAUCCCAGGCUCGUCCAAGGACUCGGUGACCCUGGAACCGUACCAACCAUUGCAAUUGGACAUACAGAGCGAUCACAUUCGCACCAUCGAGGAUGCUCUGAAACACAUCACCGUCCCUGAGAUCGUGUCAAUGCACUCGGAGGCACGAGGCGGGAUGGUUGAUGCGAAGAAGCAAGUCACACUCGAGUCGUUGCCCCCACUGUUAAUUCUUCACCUGAAGCGACUUGUUUACGACGCGAAAGGUAUCCAAAAGAAUUCCAAGGUCAUUGAGUACUCCACUACACUUGAAUCCGGCCCGAUCGUUUCGCCGACUCGCCGAACGAAGCAAUCGAUCAAGUAUCAAUUAUACGGUGUGGUGUAUCAUCACGGGAAACAUGCAACUGGCGGCCAUUAUACAAUCGACGUCCUCAGGCAAGAUCACUCAGAAUGGGUGAGGAUCGACGACACGCACAUCGAACCAGUCACAGAAAAAGACGUAACCGCCCACGAAAAACACGCCAAGGCAGAUAAAACUGCGUACUUGUUGUUCUAUAGGCGAGAGCCUGACAACUCAAAAUAA